UCAGAAGUUCAUUACCGUUUGUGCGAUCUUCCCACAGCAGUGUUGUCGCAGUGAGGGACAACUAAGUUAUGCUGUCUAUAAUUAGAAGGACUGUAGCACAUAACGAAGGAUGUAUCAGUCGAUAUCCUUUCUCUUAUAUCAGCUGAUCAUCACCUCGUUUUUUGUAUUGGAUUUCCAUUUGUUUCAACAAAUACUCUCUUUUCUGAUAGUGGGUGUUCGGUUCUUUACGCAGACGAUGGAGUCUUCAGGUGGCAGUAUUUCUAACAAAAUUCAUCUCGAGCGGCGGAUUUCUCUUUUUAAUGGUUGCGCUAUCAUUAUUGGUGUUAUUGUUGGUUCUGGAAUAUUUGUUAGCCCCAAAGGCGUUCUUAUUGAGUCGGGAAGUGUUGGUCUAUCAUUGAUCAUAUGGAUUUUAUCAGGAGCAUUUGCCACUAUGGGUGCUUUUAUUUAUGCCGAGCUUGGAACAACUAUUCCUAAAAGUGGUGGUGAAUAUGCCUACAUCAGUGAGCUUUUUUUUUCGAAGGAUGUAUAAAUUCUCUCCCGGAUUUUAUUCUUGUCUAAUGUUGAAAUAAUUCAACGUUUCUAAACAUCAGUGGAAAGGAAUGAGUGUCUGCUGAAAUAUGCAAAGCAUAGAUAUCCAACUUCAUCAGAUGGAAAUUAAAUCCACUACUGAAAGAGAAGCUGGAUAUUAGCGAUAUGUCAAACUGAAAUAACAUUAAAACUAGUGAUAAAAAAUUUAUGGCAUUUGGACCUUUACCUGCCUUUCUCUUCCUUUGGGCAGCAUUAAUUAUCAUUAACCCAACGUCAAAUGCUAUUAUGGCGUUAACAUUUGCUCAAUACACGCUUCAGCCAUUAUUCAAGCAUUGCGAACUGCCUGAUUAUGCUGUGAGGUUAUUAGCUGCUUGCAUCAUUUGUUUACUGACAUUUGUCAACUGCUAUAGUGUGAAGUGGUCAAUGAGAAUGCAGAAUAUUUUUUCGCUGGCCAAAGUGGCUUCUCUUUGUGUCAUUAUCGUGGCUGGUUUAUUUUGGUUGUGUUUGGGUAAUACAGAGUAUUUGGAACCAUCCAUAUUAUUUGAAGGAACACAAACAAAUCCUAGCCAUAUAGCAUUGGCUUUCUAUUCGGGUGUAUUCUCAUUUAGUGGAUGGAAUUCGCUGAAUUUCGUGACCGAAGAGCUUAUUAAUCCACUCAAAAAUCUGCCCCGAGCGAUUAUGAUCUCGUUGUUCACAGUAACAGUCAUAUAUAUGCUGGUUAACAUCGCAUAUUUUGCUGUCUUAUCUGUGCCGGAAAUUCUGGAUUCAUCAGCAGUUGCAAUGACUUUUGCAGAAAUAACCAUGGGUCAAUUUGCGUCAGUAAUGCCUAUAUUUGUUGGGAUUUCAUGUGCUGGUGGUUUAAAUAGUAUCAUUUUCUCAGCAAGUCGGAUGUUCUUUGUUGGUGCCAGGGAUGGGCAGCUGCCAGAAUUACUUUCAAUGAUUUCUAUAAAUUAUUUAACACCCCUGCCAUCAUUACUUAUUCUUGGUAUCUUGUCGCUGUUAAUGCUGGUUACUUCGAACAUUUAUUCACUCAUUAAUUAUUUGACAUUUACUGAAGCAUUCGUCAUCGCACUUUCCGUUGCUGGUUUGAUUAAGUUGCGAUUUACUCAGCCUAACAUCCUUCGUCCAGUCAAAUAUAAUAUCCUAUUCCCGGCAAUAUUCCUGAUUAUUUGCAUUGCGCUGCUGAUGUUGCCGUUUUUCGUACAACCCGAAGAACUCAUUAUUGGUGUUUUAAUCAUCCUUACUGGUGUCCCAUUUUAUUUUGUUUUCUUGUUUUGGGAAAAUAAACCAGCUUUUUUAUAUAAACCUUGGAUUUCAAUGACGCACUCAAUCCAGAAAUUGCUUUACUGUGUUUCAGAAGAGGAACACACUGAUUAG